AUGUCAACAAUGAUCCCUGGCACUUCUGCUAAGAAGCUGGACCUGUCCAAGCUCACUGAUGAGGAGGCCAAACACGUUUGGGCCGUCGUCCAGCGAGACUUCGACCUGAGGAAGAAGGAGGAGGACAGACUCGGGGUGUUGAAGACAAAGAUCGAAAAGGAAGACACCAAGAGAGAGCUGCUGGGAAACCAGACCAGCCUGACCGAGUCUCACUGUAUCCGAUGUCUGGAGCCCUUCAAGUUCCUGGUCAACAGCAAGCGUCAGUGUCUGGACUGUCAGCUCUACACCUGCAAGUCCUGCAGCCGCUACAACAAGAAGGAGCAGGGCUGGGUGUGUGAUCCCUGUCGCAUGGCCAGAGUCCUGAAGAUUGGCACAUUGGAGUGGUACCAUGAAAAUGUCCGGGCUCGUUUCAAGCGCUUUGGCAGUGCCAAGGUGAUGAGAUCGCUGUUCAAGAGGUUGAGCGGGGAACAAAGUGACUCUCAGAACGAUUUAGAAGGUGAGAACAUGCAUGACUGUACUCUCCCUCUCUCUCACACACAUGGAUAUGAGGAGCACAGCAUGGAUGCUGCAGAUUCCCAACAUUACAAAGGGAAAAAGGCCAAAAGGAGACUUCCUGUCGAUCCCUUUGACUUUGAGAUUGGUCGUAAAUACUCCACGGACUCCAGAGGACGGUCAAGUCAGACCCCAGUCUCCAACAACAUCAUGGAUGUGGAUGAAGGUUUGAGGGAGUCGAGGCUUGCUGAAGCUGAUAUGGCCUCUGUUUUCCACCAGAUAUUGGUGGAGCAACGCAAAGAGAUGGAGAUGGGGAUGGUUCAAAAGCAAGAUGACCUGGUGUACCCAGAUAACCGAACCAUUCCAUCCCGCUCCAUGUCUCGGCUCAGUCACUCCUCGUGUGGCAGCGGGGGAGCUUGGGGUCCCCGGGAUAACAGCAGCUAUCUGCCUGACCUGGAAGACUCUGAGGAGGAGGAGGAAGACCACUGCAGGAACUUUCCUCUCUAUCAGUCUCAUCUGGGCCCCUGCAGCCACACGUCCCAGGAGAGCCUGAACUCAUCAAACCCUCCACCACAGAUUACUGACCUGAACAGACGCAUGUCAGCCAUCGAAACCCUUUUAAGCCACUUGGAGCAGAAGGUUACGUCAACAUAUGACCAGACCAGCCAGCCUCCUCUGACUCCAAACAGCAGCUCUCCUCUUCCUCAGUGGGAGGAGGUGGACCUGGAGGAGCAGCAGCUGAGGCAGAAGCUGCACGAGCUGACGGACAACAUCAGCGACCACAGCCUGACCUCUGAUGAAGACGAGCCCAACAGGUCUCUCUCCUCCCAAGAAGUCCCGGCAUGGAGGAGCCACGAUGCAGAGGCCAAACCCUCGAGACUGCCCACCAGACCCACGUCGAGAGCGAGCAGCAGCAUGUCCAGGAUGGAGGAAGAGCAGCCGCAGCCCGCUGACUCUCAGAAGACAUGCCAUUCAACAGACAGUCUGGAGAAGAAAUGGCACCCCCUAGAGGAUGGGUCUUCAGCAGGCUUCAAAGGCUCGACAGCUUUAUUGUGUGAGCUGGAGGACCAGGUAGCCCAAGCAGCUGCUAACGUCCAGAACGCCCAGAGUGAGGUGACGUACAUAGAGAACAGGAUUGCUGCACUGAACGCUGCAGGCACACCGGUGGAUAAAAAAAGAAGGUCUGCGAUUCCAGUCCAAGCAAGAAGACUCUCCCACAACUUUCCCACAAACCAGGUGGACAACUUUAAGAGGAACUCCCUCUACAGGGGCUCCCUGACACAGAGGAACCCAGUGGCCAAGCCCAAACCCAGGGCUACCUGUGCGAAACCGGUAAUGACACAGGGCUCUUGAGGAGGAGGCUCAGCAUUUUGUGACUGAUCACUUUUUCUAAUGCUUUUCUUUGUUAUUAGACUUUUUAUUAAUAAUAUCUGGAUCCGUGAUGACUGACUACUGAUGAUGGUGCUUGGUCUGGAUCCAAAUAUAUGUACAGUACAUUGUAUUCAUUGGAGUGAGUCAUUAUAUGCAUAGUAUGACUCUACAUGAUCUGCUCCCAUUAGGCUGGUGAAAUUUUAAUCAGUUUCAAAGAGGUGGGAGUCCACAGUUAGAAGGACAGUUUUCACAGAUUUUUAACAUUAUAAUCCUACAAAUGUACACACUGGAGCAGUGACACUCUAGACUAGUGAGUCUAGAGUGUAAACAAGGCUGCACUAACUGCAAAUCAUCCUCCACCUUUAGCCUAGGCUUGUACUUGCUUUUGUUAAUCGCUAAUGCUGAAAACCUAACCCCUCAAAGCAGACAGAUAUUACGAUACAACAGAGUUAUUACAGUGUAAAUGUACGUAGCUGAGGCAGCAGUUUGAUCUGAAUCUGACAAAAUUUCUUUAUUAAAACAAGAGUAGAGAACCACACUGAAAGCUUGUCAUGAUUGAAAAGAUGUUGUCCUAUUACUGACCUGCUUAGGCAUAGGUUUGCAAUUAUUUCAAGUGUGGUUUAGUUACACGGUAAGCCGGUGUACACAAAAGCUGCUACCACUGACGCGAUAAAGUCAGAUGUAGCUGUAGAAAAGCAGCAGUUUAAUCUGAAUUGUGCCACAUUUCUUUAUUUGAAUAAGAGCAAAGAGUCACACUGUAAGCUUCUCUUGGCCAAGAAGACGUUUGGCUCGUCCCCGAAAGGCCUUGGUUUUAUCCACAUCAUGUUUUACUGUUCAUAUACCAUGGGGACACUUGUACCAGAGCUACAACCUCAUUUUGUUUUGUCAUUCUGAUUGUCCCAUUAUAAAUAUGACAGACAGGACAUUUAUCCAGUUACCCUCCAAGAAUUAUUUUAAAAAUCCUGCCCUUCCUUAACACUUUCUAUGGGAAGUUUCCCAUAUUUGUCAGAUAUAUCCAUUCAGUGGACUUGGUGACCUUACAUGCUAAAGGCCCUUUCAUACUAGGCCCAUUUUUUAUCCAAAAUUGCUGCAUAUUUAAGAAAAACAAAAAACUAAGAAAAACAAUCUAAAGUCUUGUUAAUCAUGAUUUUUGCACCGACAGCAAAAUUUGUUUGUCAUUAUUAUUUUCAGAACUGGUUGGAUUUUUUUUUUUUUUUUUAAUUGAACCUUGUUCUGUCUCUGUUUCUGUCUCUUUCUCCGCUUGCACUGAAACCUCACUUUAAACGCUGUGGUUUGCCAAUGCAUUAUCUGGAUAUCAACUGUUUAAUGACCAAAUCUCAUUACUAAUUUAAAGAAAUGUUUGUUCAACCCAAUCUUGAUCCAUACAUGUUACUUAAGGUGUGCUCCUAUCAUAAAUACAUUGUGGUUGUUUUCUUGAAUUUUUUAUGCUUGAUCUUCAAUAUGCUUUGGGCAAAAAUGCUUUUAAACCACUGGUAUAGUGUGUAGCCAUUCUUAUUUGACAAAAUAUUAUAUCUGUGACUAUUUAUUUUCAUGUUUGCAUGGUCCAAAAGAAAAUUUAUAAAAAUCAUAAUUUACGCAACAUUUAAAAUUAUCAAUUUCUACUUUGUUAUAAGUUUACUUUUUACUUUCAUUUGAUUUAUCUUAAAGAAAUAUUGGUGUUUUAUUUAUCUUUGUAAAGCCUCAUUACAAGAGAAAAGCUGACUUUGUUGCAAAGAAGUAAAAGACAAAGUCUUCAGAAGGAAUUAAAGGUUGUUUUGAUGAGUAUGAAUCAAAUUUUUGUAUAUUUUUCUAUGUAUCCGUUUCCCAAAAUGUAAUAGGUAUUUAUACAUUCUUUUAACACUCAACAGCCACUUUAUUAGGCACACCCUGCAAGUAGCAUGGUAAAUUAAUGCCAGAAUUCUUUUCGGCAUAGAUCCAAUGUGGAAUUUUAGAUUUUGUUUCACAUCACAUAGUUGUUGCAGAUUUGUCAGCUUCAGCUCCAUGAUGCAGAUCUCUCUUCAACCACAUCUUAAAGAGCUGAUGUUGAGAUCUGGUAACUGACGAGGCCAUUUGAGUUCAGUGUUAAAUAAACCUGUUUGAGAUGAUUUGAGCUUUGGGACAUGGUGUUAAAGUUGCCAUCAGAAUUAGGGUAUGGUCAUAAAGCUACAUCGGCAAUAUCGUAUCGGCAUUUCAUCCACUGGUGUUUUGGGAACGCUACUUUUUUAAACCAGGUACCAGAGUGCAUGAAUCGGUUUACAGCAACCGUUUCAUCUCGUGGAUACAACCAAGCACAUCUUUCCUGAAAUGACUGUGUCAUAGCCCACUUAUCUUGUAUGGACAUGCAUACACCGUGAGCAUCAGAUGGUCAUGGAGAACAGCAGAUGCCACAAGUUCUUAGGUUCACUCCAAAAAGAAAGUUAUGGGUGUGCUUGCUCGAUAAUCUUCUUCUCUGGUUUUGGUGCAUUUCCGUGUCCGUGUUAUAGCGCCACUUAUAAGCUGGGCACAUAUACUACAGCGUUUUGAAUGACUUCUCGUGACAGACAUUUCUUGAAACGGUGCCGUGUUUACUGAAAACCUUUCAAAACUGAAGAAAUAUAUUUUUAUCUCUGUGUGGACAUGGCCUGGAUGUUAAACUGAAGAGACGGUUGUGCACAAAAUCCCAACAGAUCAGCUGUUAAUGAAAUACUAAGAACGUCACAUCUGAUGCUAACAACCAUGGUUUGUUCAAUAAAUCGCCUUUCUUCCUCAUUCUGAUGAUCGGUUUGAACUUUAACUCAGCAUCUUGACCAUGUCUACAUGCAUUGGCUGCUGCCUUGUAAUAGGCUGAUUAGAUUUUUGUUUUAUUAAGCAGUUACACAAGUGUACCUAAUGAAGUGGCCAGUGUGUUUAUCUCAUUUAAAGGCACUACUUUCUGCUCUGAUUUCUUUGCUCAAGACCCUCUGAAUCAUUACCUGUGAUUACGUUCAUAUAGUUUUUCUCAUUAUAUGCAAUAACGCAGUGCAAACAAUGACAUGAACUAUUUAUUUUUCUUUCUUUCAGCUUAAUAACAGAAACUAUUUGGAAAUUGUGUAAGGCAUGUAUGUUGAACUAUGCAAUGGAUGAAAACAGAUGUCCUGUUUUUUAUUUCAAGAUGUUAUUUGGAUUUUUUUUAAUAGUAAGAAUAAAACAGCUGGUUAACAGUGACUGAUUCAGUCAUAUGAAUGACUUGUUUAGCCUGUGCAUAUGUAAUUUGUCUUGCACUCAUGCUGUUUGUAUAAACUCAAGACAUGAAAAACUCUGAAUUCAAGCUUAAUGAUUUAUUUUAAGCUUCAGUUUAGUUAUGAAACAUUUAUAAGUCAAAUUAUGCAUUCAAGUUUUGUGCUACUGUCUCA